CUUAGAACCCAUUUCCUGGCAAAAGAAUCCCUUUUAGCUCAGCUGGUCUCCGGCUAGGGAAGUCCCUAGGCGGCCAAUCUUCUGGCGCCUGGAGAAAACCAAAAAAGAAAAAAAAAAAAAGAAAAAAGUAUAGAACGUCUCCCCCUCUAUUAUUAAUUAUUAUUAUUUAUCUUGCGUGUAAUCCAUCCCUCUCUAGUGCCUCCUCCCUUUCCUGCUUCUCCUCCUGUUGUAACAUGCAAUUAGCGAUCCUGCAGCCACAUUUCCAGGGGUGCUAAAGUUCAUUUCGCUUAUAGCCACCAUGGGGAAUGGGAUGAACAAGAUCCUGCCUGGCCUCUACAUUGGCAACUUUAAAGAUGCAAGAGAUGCUGAACAGCUGAGCAAGAAUAAGGUUACACAUAUACUCUCUAUCCAUGAUAGUGCCAGGCCUAUGCUCGAGGGACUUAAGUACCUGUGUAUUCCUGCUGCUGAUUCACCCUCUCAGAACUUGACAAGACAUUUUAAAGAGAGUAUCAGGUUCAUUCAUGAAUGCCGGCUUAGAGGUGAGGGCUGUCUUGUACACUGCCUGGCUGGUGUUUCCAGAAGUGUGACUUUGGUGGUCGCUUACAUUAUGACGAUUACUGAUUUUGGCUGGGAAGAUGCACUACACAUGGUUCGGGCAGGAAGGUCUUGUGCCAAUCCCAACUUGGGCUUCCAGAAGCAGCUCCAGGAGUUUGAAAAGAAUGAAGUUCACCAGUUUCGGCAGUGGCUAAAAGAUGAGUAUGGAGAUGACCCUUUGAAGGAUGCAGAAGAAGCCAAAAACAUUCUGGGUAAUUACAAAGAGCAAGCACGUGCAGAGCCACCCCAGCAGCAUCCCAGCGGGAGGCGGUGGAAUAGCUUUUCGACCCUGCCGUCGCUAGCCUGCAAUAACUAUACUACGGAGACAUAACUCAACGGGAUGCAGUCUUCUUCUUCCUCCUCCUCCUCUUCCUGCUUGUCUUUCAUAUUUUCUGUAUGCACUGUGGUGUACUGGACCCCUUUGCAGUCUGUACGGUGUUGGGACAGGAGGGCUGCCUGGGGUGAUGGUGGUGGAGGUCUGGUAGUUGUAGUGGUGAAGGAAUUGAGGGCUUCUCCUACUGCAGAUAUUCGUUCUCUGGGCAUCGUCUCCUUGCCCUGCAAUUUCAGACUCUUCCUCCAAGUGGCCCCAGUCUUAGCUUGCUUUGCAAAAGGGAUGCUGCUCAGUUACAGUACACUGCUGUGGAAGGGGAGGGGGUGUGUGUGUGCACACACACGUGUUUGUGUGUCCAUUGUGUGUACACAAAUGUGUGUCCUUGUAUAUAUGAUAAUGAUUAUUUUAUAUAUGUGUGUUUGUGUGUGUAUGUGUGUGUGUAUAUAUAUAUAUAUAUAUAUAUAUAUAUAUAUAUAUAUGUAUAUGUACACACACAUAUACAACGCCACCAAUAUUAGAAUCAUGAAUAGCUUUUUGUGGGUCCAGGCCUCUAUGCAGAAGUAUCUAAGCCAUUCAUUAACAAAAAAACUCUGGAAGAAAAAAUGCAUUGUACAUAUGUGAGCUGACAUUUAAAAAACCUCAAGGACAUAAAUUGGGGGGCUAGAAGGAGCAGUGUUCUUCCCCAGGGGCCUAGUUUGGGGUGAUUUAGGGAUUGAUGGCAGAGGGGGAUGGAGAGAUGAGAUAGAAGAGCAUCUGUGGAAAGUGGUCCCUAGAAACUGUUUGGUCUCCUUGAGCCAGUGGCCCCUGGCGGGUCAGGGUUUGUUCUGGAGGAUGUUAGAGCUAUCUUCCAGUCAUCCUGGCCUGGUCCAGGUGGUUUCCACAUCUUUCUGGAAGGUCAGGGCACUUUUGAGCAGGCUGCUCACUCUGCUAGUUCUGCUGGAUGUCGACUGUCAGAUGUUGACCACAAGGCACCAUCCUCAUCACCAGGACCCUCUCAAAGGUUCCUUCAUGCAUAGGUUUAUUUUUUGCCCUCACUCUGUAAUAGGCUUCUCUCAGGAUUCCUUUGUGUCUGUAGGGAUCUGUGCAUUGUGUCCAAAGAAAGUGUUUAUUAAGCACCUGGACAGUGUUCACUAAUAAAUGCCUGAGCAUCGAUUAAGCACUUUUGUUUGUAUUGUUGGACUUGGGAGUUGACCUCAGCUACCUCACAGAAAGUGGUUGGUUUUUUGUUUGGGCUUUGUUUUUUGUUUUUAAACUGAUGAACCCAACCUGUAAGUAGACACGCUCAAUCUUUUUGGGCAGAGAAAUGAAAGGAUUUCAAUGCCCACCCAGGCCAUUUGAAAGUUUCUAUCUUUGGCUUGAAUAAUGAUGCUUCUGGUAGGUCUGAACUUAGGUAUUAAAGCAGAGGACAGCAGUAUAUGGGUACAGAUGUAUAACCUCUUCCUUGGGUGCACUUGGGAGCAGCAGUAGGUAUUAUCCGCUGGGCUCUGCUGUCUUCCAGGGAGUCUCCACUCCCUAAUGCCAACUCAGACUUUUUAAGCACGCAGAGCUCCGAGAAUGAAAAAAUGUACCCGUCCUCUCCCUAAAAAGAUGUUGCGACACUGUUGCUCUGAAUGCCACCACAAAAGAACCCCUGAAUAAGAAGAGAAGCUAUCCUGUGCAUUGUAGGGUCUGUGUUCAAGGUGAGCCAUUUGGGGAAUGCUGUGUUUCUAGAUAAAAGCUAUUUGCCACAAAUAUAGCAGUGGAGGAGGGAGAUGCUAUUGGGUGCAGUCAUGACUUUGUACCCCAAACAAGAACAACAAAAAUACCCUGCCUUUUGAGAGCAUUUUUGUCAAACCAAAAAGGAAAUUUUACUGAAGUUAGAGUAUUGAGUUCUUAGUUUCUAAGUACAUAAAUGUGUGUGUGUGUGUUUUGGAAUAUCUAAAUAUCAUGCGUAACCCAAAAUGCCAUUUUAAAUAGUGGUUGCCAGUGAUGCUCUUUCUCCACAGCAACAGCCGGAUUUCUGAAAUAUUUGGCAUUACUAAGAAGACUAGUGGACAGUUGAAGAUGUCUGCUUCUUACCAUAUUUGCGGAAGUCAUUCUUUGCAUACCUAUAGUUCCUGAGCUUCCUCUCAGUGCCAAAAAGAAAAAAAAAGGGAAAAUCAAUAACCUGUGGUCAUUUUCUAGAUUUCCAGUUUUGAGUGUCUACUGAUCUCAUUUAGGCUCCUGUCUUUUGUGAUUGAAAAUGGAUGCUCUGUCGUGACAUAGUGUAUGCUUUGAGGAAUUGGGGUUACUGUUUGGCCAAAAGAAAAUUAUUUGCACACUAAAAACCUGCUUUAGUUGGAUUUAAAUUUGGAUGAUUUGGGGGGAGGGGUGCGGGGGAGGAGGAAGACAACAGUUCAGAGUAUUAGACACGCUUUCCCUAUUCUGGUUUCUGGUGUAAUGCUGAUUGUUUCUUAGACUUGAUUUGAAUGGAGAAGUUGGCAGCCUUUGGGAACUUUCAUCCCAUGAGCUCUUUGGAACCUCAGAGGGGCACUGUGCAAAGCUUUUCACCCCAUUUGUAUUUUCUCCAUGAUGUAUGUCAUCUAUGAUGUGUGUUUAAUCAAAGCUCCAUGUUUUUAUUAAUAAAGACUACCUUUCCUAACUUUA